UUCUUAAAUUCAAUAUCAAUUCUUUUUUAAAUGGAGGGAGUAAUAAGCUUUGCAUCACUAUAAAUAAAGAUGCUACAUCUCCAAAUUGUGCUCACCCACAUCAUUAACGGAACAAUGGUUGCCAAAAUAAAUUUUCUAUUCUUUUUUCUUUCUUUGGUCCUUUUGUUCUCAUCUUCAACAGCCAAAACACCUCCGAGACCUCGAGCUUUUCUUCUUUCAGUAACCAAAGAUGCAGCCACUAAACAAUACCUUACUUCCCUCCCGCAAAGAACACCCCUUGUCCCGGAAAAGCUUACUAUAGAUCUUGGUCAACGAUUUUUAUGGGUUGAUUGUGAAAAAGGUUAUGUUAGCUCAACCUAUAAACCUGUCCCUUGUGGUUCCGUGACCUGUAAACGUUCAUUAUCUGGUGGAUGUGUUGAAACAUGUUUAGCUCCUCCUUCGCCAGGGUGCAAUAAUAACACCUGUUCACAUAGUCCUUAUAACCCCUUUAUUCGCACUAGCACUAGUGGUGAACUUGCUCAAGAUGUCAUUUCAAUACAAUCCACUGAUGGCUCAAAUCCUGGUAAAUUCUUCUCAUCAAAUGGAGUAGUUUUUGACUGUGCACCUAGUUUUCUUCUUGAGAAACUAGCAAAGAAUGUUAAAGGGAUUCUUGGACUUGGGAAUGGUUAUGUAGGAUUUCCUACUCAAUUGGCUAAUGCUUUUCGUGUACCUCGAAAAUUCGCCAUUUGCUUGACUUCAUCUCCAACUUCUCGUGGUGUUGUCUUCUUUGGUGAUAGUCCUUAUAUUUUUCUACCUGGAAUGGAUGUUUCAAAAAGACUUGUUUACACCCCACUUCUCAUAAACCCUGUUAGUACUGCAGGGUCGUAUUUCCAAGGUGAGCCUUCAACGGAUUAUUUUAUUGGAGUGACGUCUAUCAAAAUAAAUGGUAAUGUUGUGCCAAUAAAUACCACGUUGUUGAACAUCACCAAAGAUGGCAAUGGUGGAACCAAAAUCAGUACUGUUGAUCCGUACACAAAAUUAGAGACUUCGAUUUACAGUGCUUUAACAAUGGCAUUUAUUAAGUCACUUGCUAAGAUUCCAAGGGUGAAACCCGUGGCUCCUUUUAAAGUGUGCUAUAAUAGAACGAGCUUGGGAAGUACUCGUGUUGGCCCUGGUGUUCCACCCAUUGAACUAGUGUUGGGAACCAAAAAUACUACUACAUCUUGGAAUAUUUGGGGUGCGAAUUCUAUGGUGGCCGUGAAUAAUGAGGUGCUCUGUCUUGGAUUUGUAGACGGAGGAGUUGAACCAACAACUUCUAUAAUCAUAGGGGCACAUCAAAUUGAAGAAAACCUUUUGCAAUUUGACAUUGCAAACAAAAGGUUGGGUUUUACAUCUUCACUCUUAUUUGGUCAAACGACAUGUGCCAACUUCAAUUUUAAAUCCAAAGCUUGAUGGUCUUUGAUUUCUGAAAAAAAUAAGUGGCGCUGUUGGGAAUGUCAGAUUCAGAAGAAUAAUUUUAACUAAUAGUAGUACUUUAUUUUAUUUUCGAGAGGAUGGAGUUGUCAAGAAAAAAUGUACUGUGUGUUUUCUUUUGGUGGUUUAUUUUCUGAUGGCCAUAAUGGCCUAGUCAAUCACCACAGAUUCUAUGGAUAUGAGAAAGUUACCGUUCUUUAA